AUGGCAGCGCCGACAGCCACAGCGAGGGCUUCUGCGGCUUACACUGAGUCACAGCUCACGAACCACGAUCUCAAACCCGUCGAGCCUGCACGCCGCCAAUGGGGACCAUGGAACUUUGUCGGUUUCUGGAUCGCUGAUUCCUUCAAUAUCAACACUUGGAUGAUUUCGUCUGCCAUGAUAGUCAAUGGUCUAUCAUGGUGGCAAUCAUGGCUCUGCGUGUGGAUCGGCUAUGCUAUUGCCGCUAUUUUCAUUUGCCUGACUGGGCGCAUUGGUGCCGUUUAUCAUAUCGGGUUUCCGGUUGUCAGUCGAUCCUCAUUCGGAAUAUGGGGUAGCCUCUGGCCAGUCUUUAACCGCGCAGCAAUGGCUUGCGUUUGGUACGGCGUUCAGUCUUAUAUCGGAGGACACUGCGUCUAUAUCAUGAUUAGAUCGAUCUGGAAGAGCUGGGACCGUGAGAAGAUCCCGAACACAUUCUCUGAGAGCUCCGGGACGACGACGGCCGAUUGGGUCUCCUUUUUCAUCUUCUGGUUCUGUUCGCUUCCUGCCAUUUGGUUUCCCGUCCACAAAGUCCGGCAUCUUUUCACCGUCAAAUCUUAUUUUGUGCCGGUCGCCGGUAUCGCCUUUCUCAUAUGGACUGUCGUUCGCGCUGGAGGAAUAGGGCCUAUCGUCCGACAGAAGCACACAAUUCAUGGGAGUGAUCUCGCAUGGGAGUUCGUGAAGGGAGUCAUGUCAUCGAUCGCCAACUUUGCGACUCUGAUUGUAAACGAUCCAGAUUUCACGCGAUUCGCCGCCAAGCCUCGGGACGCCUUUUGGUCUCAACUGUUCGCGAUUCCAUGCGGCUUUGCCGUGACCUCAUUUAUCGGCAUUGUUGUCUCCUCGGCGUCGACACUGAUUUACCCUGCGGAGGGCGGACCGAUCUGGGAUCCGUUGACUUUACUCGAGAGAUAUAUUGAUGAUGGUGGCUCUGGGCAACGAUUCGGCGUUUUUGUCAUUGCCACGGCGUUCUCACUUGCCCAACUUGGUACCAACAUUGCCGCCAACUCAGUAUCGGCUGGGACGGACAUGACUGCCCUACUCCCGCGAUAUCUCAAUAUUCGGCGUGGCGGAUAUAUCUGCGCGGCCAUUGGCCUCGCUAUGUGUCCCUACAACUUGCUUACAUCGGCCAACCAGUUUACGCUCUAUCUCUCCUCCUAUAGCGUGUUUCUCAGCUCGAUCGCGGGAGUCAUGAUUAGCGACUACUACUUUGUGCGCCAGGGAUACCUCGAUAUUAAGGGGCUUUAUGAUGCUCGCAAAACCGGUCCGUACUACUUUACCUUUGGCAUCCACUGGCGUGGGUAUGCAGCCUACAUAGCAGGUAUCCUCAUAAACGUCGUUGGUUUCGCUGGGGCUAUUGGGAGGGACGUACCUGUCGGCGCGACCUAUCUCUUUAAUGUCAAUUUCUUCGGUGGUUUCAUCGUCUCAUCUGGGGUUUACUGGGGUUUAUGUCAAGCAUUUCCCAUCCCGGCUACUAGCGACAAGUGGUUGGAAGUCGGGGAGGCAAUCGACGAGGUAUACGUCGCCUACGACUAUCGCAGUCGAGGGACGGACGAAGAGGGCGCCAAGGGGUUGUCGGAAAUUUCGGAGCAAUAG